AUGUCAAAACCCAGUAAUGUUGAACGAAGCCAGUGGAGAACGAAGUGCCGACAACGACUGGCUGAGCAUAUCAACCCAGCAGAUGUACGAUUGAAACCAAGCGAGGAAGAUCCCUAUCGAUGGCAACGAAGCGAGGAUAAAGAAUACUUGUUUGAGAAACAUCUCAGCAAGCUCUCUGUUGGACCAUUGAUGGAGCUUUACAGAGGAAUAGGAGUCCAUUUCAAAGCCAUCAAGCCGUCGAGGGAGGCCGUGGUACAGCCGUCGAGGGAAAUACAGGACCUAAAAGAUGAAGUUGCCAGACUUAAAGACGGGAGGUCUGAGGUGAUUCGGCAGGUAAAAGCUCAGAUCGUGAAGUAUAAGCGAGAAAAUCACGAUUUGAGGCGUUUGUAUCACAGGCAACAGCGACUCCUCAUAAGACAUAGAGACGUACUGGAGGACCUGCUAAAAGAAAAUGUGUCCCUCGAGCAAACCUUCCCAUACCAUAGAUAA